AUGAAAAGAAAAGAGUUGGAAGACAAAAGAAGAGAAGACGAGAAGAAAAGUAGAGAAGAACGAGAAAGGGAAAUGGAAGCAGAAAAGAAGAAAAUGGAAGAGGAGGGCAAACGUUUAGAGACAGAAGAAGAAGCAAAGAGAAAAGCAGAAGUCAAUAUGAAAGAAGUGACACACAUCUCACAGGUCAAGAGUGACUUUCAAGAGGUGAAGGACAAUUCAGUUCCUGGAUUAACAUUGACUAAAGAGCUUGAGGCAAGAAGACUUCAGUGGGUUAAAGAGCAUACUCCCUGGAGGUUUGUCAAACCUUACUUCACUUGUAAUUUACUUUCUUGUUAGGGGCCCCUACGUCCUUGCUGUGUACGUGUAUUGUACUUUUGUUAGUUACAAAGUUAACAAAAAGCCAAUUAACUGCAAGAAGCUUAUUAUAAGUGAAAUCAGUGCUCUUAUUUUCGCGUGUUGGAUGUACUUUAAAGGAACUUUACCUGACAGGCCGGCCUUUUGAACUUAGGCUUAUUCAUUAGCAGUAUUUUUAGACUAACGAGCAUCGUGGCCGUCUAUGGUAACAAAAACCAAUGUAUCUAUUUAGGAUUGUGUCGGCUUUUUCUUAUCUUGGAUACAGCCUAAGAACUCAAUUCAAAGUCACUUAUAUUUGCAUACUAAACGAGAUGGAAUAUAAUAGCGGUAAAGUUUAAAACAGCGCGAAUCAGCUUCUGGUAGCUGCUUCUAGCUGUACCGAUAAGCAACCAAAUCACAGACCAUUUGGGUUCCGUGUUGGUCUUGUAUAGGUAGCUUGAUGCCUGACUUUUUGCUGUGGGUUUUGUUUUAUCAGAAAAAUAUCCACUGCAGAAGAGAGAAAUCAUCCUGUAGCAAUGAAGUCCAAACCAAGGUACUGUAAAUUAUAUUGCUAAUAUUAUAUGGUUACAAUAGUACGCGCACUCUAAUUGGCUGUUUUCUUGUGAUUACUGGGCAUUACUAGCUAGGUCUCCAAGGUUUAUACAAUCUGUGUUUAACUUGAUAGUAGACUUCCUUAUGAACAUCCAUGUUAUGGUCAAUUGACAGCUGUCAAAAAGGGUAUCCGCUGACCAGUGUCACCUGACUGUAUUGCGGGCUCAAGUAUACAACUCAUUGAGGUGACAAGUUUUUUAAAGUUAUCCGCUGACUAGUUGCUGGUUUUAAUUGAUCGCUCAGGUCCAUAAUGAAAAGGCCGUAUAUUAAAUAACUUAUUAAACUCGUUCGUUACAUGUAGGUCAGUGAUGUAUUGACCUUGCCAUCGCUCGGUCAAUACAUCAAAGCCUCGGUCUGAGAUUUCCCUGUAAUGACCUCACUCUCGGGUAAUAAGUAGUAUAAAAUCGAGGCACUUAAAGACAAGAAAUAAAAAAAUAGUAAAACAACGUAAUAUUUUAUUUAUAAUACAGAAAAUCUUCCAUAUGCGACCACCUCCCUUUAGCCAGUCCUUUGUCAGAAGACACCCUCCGUGGUUUAAUUCUCGUAAGCGACCACUAAAUCUUGGCAUUCAUUAAUGACUUCUCUCUUUUUUUGUACUUUUUCUUUUUAGUAGGAGAAUAUUCUCAGCCAGCAAACGUCUUCCUGCUUUAACAGAGGAACAGCUACUGAAGUCAUCGCCUCCUGAUACACCUUUGUUUAGGGUAAGUUGUUCAGCUGUAACUGCUUUAGUUUCUUGAGAGUGCAAAGGACGGGUCACACUAGGCGACAAGUUCCAUUGAUGUGACGUAUUUACAGAUCUUAGAGACAGUUCGCAUCGUGUGACUUGGGGAAGGCACCGUUUUGGGGACGGCACCGUUUAUGGGACGCCACCUUAAGAAAAAUAACCAAAUGAAAUAACCGGCACCUUCUACACAGGCUAUGAAAAUCUCUUUUAGUCCGAAGGGAAAGUUUUGUCCCGUGGACAAAGAAUUUUUCAGAAAAAUUCUUCAUAUAGCACUAGACGAACUGUGGCUGCGACUCAUUCCCUCAUCAUGUUGAUGGGUUAGUUUCGCCCCACCUACACGCAAGAGCGUAUUGUCGUAGAGGCUUUCUGCAGGACUUGUUGUAGAGUAUCUCCUUUACCUUAACCUAUUAGACAGAAAAUUUGCGGCACACUUGGGGCCAUUUAAAGAACAAGCUGUCCAUAUAAGACAAACGCUUUUCCAGUGUGUUAAGAACAAUCAUAUUCUUCACAUAAGGUAUCCUUCUUUACGUGACUCCAGCUUUAGGUGUCUAGCGUAGAGAGGUUUUCUUCUUUUCCGGUAAAGUGUAUAUUUGAAGUGCAGUAAAGACUAAUCACCUUUUAGUAAAAUCCAACUAGUGGUCUAUUAUCAAUGCUGCGUUCUGAUUGGUUGAGCUACUACUAGGCUAUAUGUUAUAUCCCAGUAGCAGCGAAAAGCGCCGGCUUUGAAAACCAAAACAAUGGCGGUUGAAUCGUGUUUUGCUAGCUAAAGUUGUUUUGUCUCGAAAUUUUUGACCAACUAGUUGGAUUUUACGAAAACAAUUAUUCCUCUCGCCCUCGUGGCCUCUGAGUCAAUGGCCCAUUCGGCCUUCGGCCUCAUCUAUUGACUCAGAGUCCAUUCGGACUCGAGGAAUAAUUGUUAAAUACAUGUUAUUGUAGAGGUGAAGAAAUGUUCUUAGAAAAGGAAACAUUUUGAUUUCAGGUCAAGUGUAUUGUCCUCAGGGAUGCACAAAGCUGUAACAUGGAAAGUCUGUGCAAUUGUCCUGAAUUACAAUCUCUAACACUUCACAACUGUGGAUUGCUGGCUGUUGAAGGUCUGGAGAAGUGUACAGAAAUGCAAGAGUUGUAUUUAGAGGUGAGCGAAGUCAGAGUUACACUGUAUCAUCAGAGUUUUCAAGUGGUCAGUUUGGGGCUUUAUGUCAUAGCGGAUCUUGCUGUCAUCAAAUGAAAUUAAAAGGCCGAUGAGUGUUUAUGCAAGUGGUUUUUAGCCAGGUGUAAAAAAGCGUUUUUAUUUGAGUUUACGUAAGUUGGUUAUGCGUUUUUGCGUUAUGUCUUUAUUUGAUUGGUUGGAAAACUUCACGCCACUUUCUCGAACUACGUCCCUUGGGUAGAUUUCCCGCCAUGUGAUCCGAGGUUAUGGUUUGACAUAGUAGCCUGCCCAGCUAGUGGUUUUGUUAGACUACGAGUAGUUUCUCCUCUUUCUUAGUCCGUCGAACGAUAUGCGCGAGAAACGAAAAUGGCCGAUCACAUGGCGAAAACACACGGGUCAUUGCUCGAGAAAGUGACGCGAAAAUUUGGAGCCAAUCAGAAAACGAAAUAAUACAAAAAGGCAAAACCAAAGUCAUAUCUCAACUUAAAGUUUUUUUCCAUAAUUAAUCGGAAACCACUCAUAUAAACUAUCAUCGGCCUUUUUAACCUCGUUACUCACAGUCUAUGGUUGAAAUUGUCGGAGUGCGAAAAAAGAAAAUUUUCGGUGGACCGAAAAUGAAACCUUUAGCUGCGCAGGUUAUUCCGUCUUUUUUUUCUUUUGCUAUGAUAUAUGAGAAUUUACAUGAUUCCUUUAAUAUGGAGAACAUCUGCAUUAAUUUUGCUCUUUACAGAAAAACCAAAUUGAAGCAAUAAACUGUAAAGGUUUGUCUAAGUUGGAAGAAGCUUCUUUUGCUAACAACAAUUUGACGUCUAUUCAUGGUUUGGAAGGCUGUCAUAACGUUGUAACUUUGGACUUGAGCAAUAACAAAAUCACAAGGAUAGGUAUGUUGAAUAAGUCUUGUUCAGGAUUUGUUUGUUUGUUUGUUUGUUUUCUGUCUAUCGGCUCUUUUAAAAGCUCAGAGUCAAAACUCAUAAUAAAUCCCAAAUUUCAUUUAAGACACAAAGUGUACAUUGUACGUGAAAGUACUGCUCAAGUGGUUUUGUUUGAAUAGUUCACCAUAGGAUUUCAUUCACUGGCAAACUCAAAAGUUAGAGCCACCUUGUACAGGAUAAUAAACAGAACCACGUGAAAGUACUGCUCAAUAGCUUUCAUCUGAAUGGUCACACAAAAUGACUCCACCCACAAACUCAAAAGUUGGAACAACAUUGUUCAGCAUAAUAUUUUUGUUAAUAAACAGUAUCACAGAAAAGUACUGCUCAGUACGUAGGUUUCUUUUAAAUGGUCAAGCUUUAGGAUUUUCUUCCAUACACUUAAAAGUGAGAGCUAUACUGCAUGAAUCCGCAAUUGGUGGCCAUGGCAGUAGGAGGAUUACUGCUUACGAUGUAGUAUAUUCCUUAAAUUAUGUUUUGUUGUGCUGUUCUAGGAGACUUAUCAUCCUGCAGCAAGAUACAGCGUUUAUUCAUGGACAAUAACCAGCUGAUUAACACUAAGGUAAUUUGAAGGUCAACAUGUUAAAGCCCACCGAUUUAUAGUCGGUCAGUUCAUAUUGUUCUUAGCCUGUUUCAGGCGUUCAGAUUAUGGGGACGGCCGAAGAGGGCGGUAUGACCAGAAAAAACCAGUAAGGGGUGAGGUAGGGGAUAAAAAAUUGGCUAUGUUUUUCUGUGCUGACUAAUUUGGUUACAGAGCAGUGCAUGUGAGUCAGUAGACUUGCUACAAGUCGACCUCUCAUGAGUUCUUAAAAGUGAGUGAAGCGAGCUUCAAUGUAUGAGUCUCGAUGUCGACUUGUUUCGCCGGAAUGAAUUUGAAUCACAUUAUAAAUUCAUGCGGGAAAAAAAAAGGUUGACAUAUACUGUGUCGGAAGUGGUUUGAAAUAUCACUCUCUGUCCUAUUGAACAAUUGUCAUGACGUCACCGGUAGAAUUUCUCACCGCUGAAUUACGCGUCAAACAGAUAUGAAAAGUCCUUUAAAAUGGCAUAACCAACUAGAAAAAAAGAUAGUAAAAAUGAAGGACUUUUAGAAAGUCUAGUGACUCAGAUACUGCGUAUUGAAUGGCCAUUAUUUUAAUGUAAAAACAAUAAAUUCUGUGUUAAAACCAAGGUAUUACUAUUUGUUCAAUUUUUUCCACCACAGGGUUUAUCCUGCCUUACGAAUUUGCAACAUCUCAGCCUUGCACACAAUCAUCUGGCCCGCGUUUAUGAUAUAGAUAAGGCCAUGCUGCUUCAAACUUUGAAUCUUCAAGCUAAUAAUUUGCAAGAGGUAAGUUCAAGUUGAUAUUGUUGUUCAUUGAGUUUGGUAUGGAUAACCUUGUAAUCACCAUUGUCAUAGCUGUCAUCUUCAUCAUCAAUUUGGAUGCCCUUGAUGAGGCUGGUUCUCGCCUGCCGCAAAUCUACCUGCGUUAUAGCUGCCCGUUUCUCGGGAGUUUAACAACGAAGUUUUAUAACGCUUUGUGAACUUGAAUAUGGUCCCUUGGAAUUCAAAUUCAGGAGGGAAGACUGAAAUACUGAAAGAACGCAAAUUCACUUCUUAAGGGACGUUCUCGUUGCUGUCGCGUCGUUGGAUCUUAAAGUCCCUAAUAUGGAGCUUAAACAACUACGAAGGCGACGGUUAACGGGAACGUCAAAAGAGCAGCUGUAAGUUUGAUAAAUAUAACAACAACAACUCUAAACAUACAUCACGCUUUUCGGUACAUUUCUUUGUCGUCAGUGCACGACCAUGACCUCACGCGAAAUAUUCUAAUGCGAUGUUUCGUGGAGAACGUAACACACAACGGCAUUUUUUUUCUUUCUUUUUCUAAAAUUUGUCGCGGAUCGUAAGGGUGCUGCUCGGGGACAAUUUACCCUCAUUUGGUGAAUUAGGAAGUUGGAAUAAUCGCAAAAUAUGAAAGAACAGAAAUACCCUUUUAAAGCGGCGUUUUCGCUGCCGUCGCCGUUGUGGUUGCUUAACAUAUCACAAUUACUGUGAUUUGAUCAUCACUUUUAACAUCGCUCUGAUAUUAAUUCAUGGUGAUCAUCAGUGUCGUUUUAAUAUUAUCGUCAUCGUUAACUUUGUCUUUUCCUCUUUAUCACUAUCGGCACCACUGAUAUAUGUUAUGGUUUAAUUUUAUACUUCGUCUUGGCUUAGAAUUUGUUUCCCUUUGUUUUGGGGUAUGGUAAUGUAAGAUAAUGAGUUUAAAACAAAGAGAAAUAAAAUUUUAUACCAAGGAUAAAAUUGAACCACAACAGAUAUACCUUGAAAAGUUCAACGCAUGGGGGCUCGUGUUAGGUUUUUUAUCUUUUUGUUGCCAACACGUUUUCGAUCUCGUCUCCUACAGCCUCCUCAGCUAACAAACUGUGUCUUGUUGAGGGAGCUCGAACUCAAUGAUAACAGCAUUUCUUCCUUGGAUUCCUUGUCACGUGCUUGGCUUCCGUUGCUUCGUUGUCUUAGCGUCAGUCAAAACAGGUGUGUCUACUUAUAUCCGUAUUCCUGGACGUUUUCUCCUUUACAUUUACCGUAAAUCCUAAGCCCCAGGGGGCUUAUUUUUUUUUUAAACACAUUUGAGGAGGGGUGGGGGGAGGGGGGGCUUAAUAGAGACGAAGGACUUAUGUGAAGUGGGGGAGAACGGGCGCUUGUUUAAUUUACCAAAGCUAAAAUACAAUGUGGAGAAGCUCAAGCACAAGAAGUUGGAGGUCAUGCAACCAAUGAUCAAAACCGAAUCCGAACUUUCAGAUGGCAAAUAAACCGUCCUGGAUCAGUCCACACCAAGAUUUACAGUCGUGAUUGAUUAAUACAGUCUAUCAGGACUAUCAAUGAUUAGUAAAUACUGUAAUGAUAAGGAUGAAGAGGGGUAGGGGGCUUAUUAGACUGUUCACAGUUCUCUAGUUUUCAGUAAGAUCGUCGAGAUCGAGCGCUUUGCGUUACUUGCUGCCAUCUUCAUUGAGUGUCAAAACUACUUAGGGGGCGGAGGGCGGUUUGGGAGGAAGCGAGAAAAAUUUUUCUUCCCUUCCGCCCUCCCACUAGGGCUAUGAUGCCUGACACCCGCCCCCUCGGUCAUGUGAAAAUCAAGAUGGCCGUCAUUGACGGUAAGACGCGCUAUAUUUAAACGAUCUCACGAAAAAAGAAGGGACUGUGAACAGUCUAGGGGCUUAUUAACUUUCCUCCACUGAAAAGGGAGGACUUACUAGAGAGAUAAGGCUUAUUUGAGAGGGGGAUUAAUAGAGGAUUUACGGUACUUGAUGUUGUUGUGGUUCUCCUGAGUACUCAGAAGUGUUGAUUUUAUUCUUAUUCUUUACUUACAUACAUUAUUGUUUACUCAAUUAUUUCUGAAAAUACAUAUGGGCGGCAAUGGGCUGGACCUUUGAGUGUCUGUUUAAAUCUGUAGUGUCACAGUUAACCGCUGAAUGUAUUGUGGUUUUUGCAUGCAGUAUUUCCCAGUUAUCUCCUCUUGGUAACUUGAUCAUGUUGGACUCUUUGGAUAUCAGCAAUAAUCUUAUAUCAGGUAUGAAACUGGCAUGCAUUGCACCAAGACAGUAGAUCGUUUUCAUAUGACGCCAUGGCGGCCAUAUUAGUGUACAAAACGAUGAAAUGGUAGCCAUGAGGGUGUAUUUUUGGUACACCCCUUCCUCUCAAUCCCCUACCACUUUCGACGCCUGCUACGCAGACUAACCAAUAAAAUGCUGUGAUGAUUGAACUCUUUUCUCAUGUAAAUAUUCUUUUGUUUCGAGAAAUUUGCAUAGCCAUUGAUCACCUGACAACAAAUAACAGCAACUGAAAGUUAAUCGGUAACCCUUCCACUCUCAAAGAUUGUAUUGGAAUCACGUGACAGACUAGUACCUUUUGUGCCUGUGAACAAAAUCCCAUGUAGUUUCACUUUUUGUUGCUGUAUGGAAUGUUUCUUUUUGAUGUUGUUGUUGUCUUGAGGCCAUUGUAUUAAAUGAAAAAAAAAAAUGAAAGAAGAACGAGGUAUUACUUUUAAAAAAAGUUCCGUGGAAAGCAUGUAGUAAAAAUGAUCACCAAACUCUCUAGGACCACUGGAGUAAAAAAUAGAAAAAUGGAGUGAAUCAGCUUUUGAUAAAAAAAACUUUUUUGCCGUUACCAUUUUUUAACGUCUUUCCGUUAUGAUUUGACGAUUAUAUUCAGUGAGUCUUCGUUUUGGACUACAUAACAUACCUCUGGAAGCGAUGAGCAAGGAGAACGACCAUUUACACUAAGGGUCGUGCUUAAGUCCUGUUGCUCUAGGCAAUCUUUGGUGUAAUUUUUAAGCGCGUUUUUUUGGGUGAGUAGGGAGCGGAGAAAGGCGUGCCCUAGAAUUGUGAAAUUCUCACAGUCACCUGCCAAGGGGUAAGGGUGGAGCGUGGGAGACCCCACCCCCAAGUGGACCUUUUUCCUUCUGCUCACCCUCUUGAUCGCACUUUUUGCUUACAUCGACCUUCCUCUCCUUUCAAAAUCCAAGAUGUUCACGGCAGAAACUGUGUGACAAGUUGUAAGAACCAUUCCCAAAGUGUAACAGGGUAUUAGGCGUUAUAUUAGAGAGCUUAAGCAGGAACGUUUUUGAGCGAGGCACAUCAACCGGAAGUGAGCUUUUUUUCUCUUCAGUAUGCCUUGACGCCACCAAUUUUGUAUGGCUAAGUGUCUUUACUCUUUUAGAGACUAUUUGCCCAAAAACCGGCUCAAGUGUGCAAAAAACAAACAUUAUGAUGAGAAGAUGGAAUCAUAAUGUCAUUUUAUUUCGAGGCAUUUCCCGUUUCUUAUCAGCAGUGUGCAGGCGGUGGUUCCCUGGCCAAUCAGGAGAUCGAACGUGUUUAGUGCUGUAUAAAAGACUUGUUAUGUGUUUCGCGCGGCCCUUCCAACCAUUACCAUCAGCCUGUACUAGUGACAUCCCUUUGACGCUUAGUUGAAAAUUUUUCCCACCACCUCCCCAGUCUCCGACCUGCCACCGUCUACAUCUUCUUAUAGUUUUAUCGUCUUUAGUUUGUCGUAAGUAUUUGCUAAUUUGUGGCGGAUUUUUUUCCCCACCUUUCCUUAAGAGAUGUUAAUUAGUUAGUUUUAUCAUUGGUUUCAAUUAAAAACGUCACGCUUGUGGCCAUUUAUCCCAAACAGUUGAGAUUCUUUCUCGGGUCAUCUCUUCAGCAAACCAGUGCCCCACCAUGCGGAGCUCUCGAUCGUUUUCGUAAAUUCGGUUUGGGAAGACUCGCAAUAAAAGUCCACUUCCGAUUGACGUGCUUUGCUUAAAAACGUCGCUGCUUAAACUCCCUAUUUGAUUGUUAUCAACGUAGAAAUUAAAGGAAACAAAGCCUCAUGUGGGGCUUGAUUAUAUUUCCUUUGCUGCGUAUUUUUUUGUUCUGUUUUGUUUUUAGAAAAUCUUAAGUGACGUUAUAUAUGUUUUCAGACACAGAUAGCCUUAUUCCGGGACUUCAAGGUUGUAAAAGGUUGAAAACAUUAAAGAUCGAAGGAAACCCCGUACAUGAAGAUCCAGAUUGCAGGUAACAGUAGCGAGAAUACUAUUUGAAAAACUUUGUUUCGUAAUUUUUGUUGAAGGGGCUAUAAUGUAAGGCCUAAAUGUUAUAAACGACCCUAAAUGUAAUAACAUUUUGUCCUAAUUGUGAUAAAGUCCUGACUGUAAUAACGUUAGGCCAUAAAUGUAAUAAACUCUCAAAUAACCGCCGCCCGCGAACACGCGUCGCACUCUAGGUGUACAAUAAGAAAUAUUAAUAAUAUUAAUAUUUAGUAGUAUAAUCACUUACUUGCUAUUAAAUCGGAUUUAAUUUUAGCCUGUAUUCUGUCCUCUUUGUGCGAUAAACGCUACAUUACAUAAAAGUUCAUAAAAAGCUCCUUACUUCAACCUUGCCAUGUUUUAUUCAUGAAUUUUUGUACAGUUUUUUAAUAUCCUUCGGAAUUAAGUGCAUUCAACAGUGUGUUCAUGACAUCACGUUUAUUUUGGCAUAUGACUUAUGUCUUCCAUUAGUCACGAGGUUGUUGUAAUCAGUUGGUCAUGAUGUUGACGAUGAAGUUGUUUAAAAUGAUUUAUCAAAGCUGUAACAUUAAGACCCAUCUCAAAACUUGGUGAAACAUAAAAGGGAUCGCUAAAAACAUUAUAAGGAGGUAUUAAUUUUAUAGCAAACACAAACGUAGGCAUGGAUGGACAAGCUUGAAGAAGAUUAAGACGGAUUGAAAUUGUGGGUUUUUGAAGAUUUGUUAGCCUAAGAGUAUUUCAUACUUUAUUUUCUUUGUUUGUAAUGUUUGAUUUGAUACAAUAUUGGUAAGUAUAUUUCAAAUGGAGAAGAUACUGUAAUUCUGUGGUUUACGAGUGAUUUAUUUGUUAAUAAAAGAUCGAUAAUGUAUAAGAAAACGCGCCGUAUUUACUCGGAUAAGCGCCGCGGCGCUUAUUUGAGGGCAGCGUUUAUUUUCAAGAAAGUUGGACGCGACAAAGAAUUGUAUAAACUAUGGUAUCAUUACUUUCCAUAUUAAACUAACAGAAUUAACGUCUUUUUAUUUGAUUUUAUUAUUCGUUCAAAAUAUUUCUCCAUUUCUGAUUGGCUAAAAUAACACGCAUAUUCCUGGUAACCAGCUACUGUUGCCCAAAUUUGGAAGAAUUUUGCAAUAUUGAACCGAUGACGUCAAAAGUGCAGCAAAGUUGCAGAUUAUUGAAACUUUAACCGAGAAGACCUGGGGACGAGGUUGAGUAAUUUCGGUAGUGAGAACAAAAAAGGCGGAACGUUUCAGUCGUUUCCGAGGCAGAAGUAGGCGAACUUUUGGCUAAAAACAUAGCAAGAACAGCGAGAAGACAACUCAAACGACGACAUCUGCUAUUUGGAGAAUAUUUGUGGAGUUGAACAACCCUCUUUCUCUCGAUUAACGUGCGCUAUCGAAGACGAACUUAACGUCGGUGGUGGUAAGCCUGUCUUAGCUUGUUUUUAAAGGCGAAUCUGAAGAAGGUAUGAAGGAUUGUAGACACACUGAAUUCUGCAAAGCUGAUCGUACUACGUGAAAAUUAACUUUGCAAGGCAUCAACACGACAUAGAAAGAACCAAAAAAAAGAGCGUGGUCUCAGCCGUAGAAGGCUGUUUCGCCCUUUUGGGAGCUCUUCAGUACGGCGCAACGAACAGAGAUGCUCUGCUGUAAACUUCCGCACACUCUGUUUUAAAGCCCAAACAUUGAAGGAUUAUACUCAGAUUUUCCCUUAAAACUAGCGGCCCCACGUUUUUCAAGUUUGCCUCCUCGUAAGUAAUGAAAGUAAGUCAAAUCAUUAAAGAUACCAUUACCUACGUCAUUUUAUUCUUUUGAAAACGUGUUUCAGGGCAUUGGUAUUGGAACAAUUGUCAUGUCUUAGAUGGCUGGAUGGCGAGAAUCUCUCCGGAAAAGGACAGGUAUGAUUACUGUAGAGAUCAUAUUACAGUUUAGCCUGCGUGGCAGACGCAAAAAGGAAGUGGGGGGGAGGGGGGGGGAGAAAAGCGCGAAAGCGGGAAAAAGGAAAGUGAGUCCCGUUCUCUCUCUCCCCAAUUCCCCUCCCUUUUCCCCUCCUCCCUAUCCCUUACCCCUUUCGACGCCUGCUACUCAGGCUAAUUAGAGUUUACCACAAUUUAGUUUGUGCCGCGUGUGCGAAAAUUUUGAAGGCUGGAAACUUCUUCUCCUCUAUUUUCUGUGAACGGUUUUUCUUGUUGUUUGCCUCACGAUGGUUACGUUUAACCGAUGGCGACCUUUUGAUCGCCUACUCUACUCUUUCCUCUGUUUUCUGCAAACAAUUGUUUAUCGUUUGCCUCACGAUCGUCUCUUUGUAAUUGAUGGCGACCUUUUGACUACUGGUCUUCAUCAGCCAAUGGUGUUGAUUGGAUGUGCGGGACUACCAGGGACUAUCAUCACCAUACCGUCGCGAUCAGUAACAAAGUGACCAUCGUGGGACAAAGGAUAAACAAACCGAUCAGAAAAAAAACGGCCGAGGUGUGAGAGAGGAACGGUUAACACCUCGAAUUUCGAGUCUGUCGACUAGGUUCAAGCCUUGCCGUCACUUUGUCAGACUUGCCACAAGUCGACUGCGUGAGCGCCGAAGGCGCGAGCCAGGGACGCUCGAGAAGCGACUGAAAGCGAGCGACGAAGUCGCACUAGCAGAAACCGGAAGCGGGCUUUCAGCCGACUGACCACGUAACCAGCAGAAACCGGAAACGGUUUCAAACGGGCUUGAGAAAGUCUAUCUCUUUGUUUCCUUAUCCAAAAUUCUUUGCGCCGUUUUGUCUCUCUUCAGCCAGGUGUACGUACUGCUGGGGGUAAGACUGCGAUGAACUAGCAUAAAGAUGAAUGACACUUUUCUUGCAUUUCAUUUUAUUUUAUUUGGAGUAUCUGAGCUCGUACGAGAUCGUAUAGGAAUACAUUUGGACGAACAACAGGUUUUUUCAGUAAGCCAUAAAAUGUGAAGAAACCUAACCUAUUACUUAAGUUUUUUUGAGACUCAAUACUCCAAAAGAUACUUUCUUGGAAAGCCUUUUAUUGUUUCCUCCUUGUGUUGUACAAAAAAUAGUAACGUGGAAUUACUACGUGUUAAGAAACAAAAAACUCGUAAUUCUUUUCUUUUUUUGUUCAAACGUAUAAGUACACAUUUCCUGUUUUUCCCGAGCAAUGCCGUGUAGUAAACAUUCUUUUUACUUGACAAGUGUGAACUAAAUCAAAAGGCUUUCAUUUUAUUGAGUUAGAAUGAUGUCUUUCCUGAAAAUGAGAUGAUGAAAAUUCCAUCAUACCGGCCAUGUACAAAGCAAUAACACAGAAAUGAGUGAAAGAGUUUGUUACUUAUACAGUCUAAACCGGCAAAAGUCAGUAUAGUUGUGUCUAUACUAUUCUAGUUCUUUACAUUUCUACAAUAUAUACAUUAUGCUAGAUUUCAUGUUCUUUGAGUUAUUGCUUGUUUCACUCGUCACGUGGUCAAGUGUUCACUGUGCCGACCGCCUUGUCCGAAGAAAAGUUCUUAUUCACCAGUCACCAGUAGUUCUUUUUGAAAGGGAUGUAAUCCGCAAAUUGCUUAACGCGAUCUCUAUCAGUUACAAACUGUAUGAUAAACGCUGUUUUCAUAUUUACCCCAGAUUCUGGAAACAAUUCAAUGUAGCUUUGUUGGAUUGUGUCUGAAUCAAUUCCAGUCACAGGAAGACUUAGAAUCAAGACAUAAAAAGGAAACUAGGUAGGUUAAAAUAUCAGGUGCCUGUGUUCUUCAUUGCGCAAGUUACUUACCGUGAGUAACGUUGUAGUCUUGUCUGGAUCCUACCCUGAAUUUUCGUCUUCCAAACACCCUAACUUUCAGAGCGAGAGUAAGUGCAGAACCUUUGUUGUGAAAAUGGAUGUUCCUUAUUUGCAUGAGAAUUACAGAUAACUUUCAUACCAGAGGCUUCGCACUUAACCUCGUUUUAAAGCAGAGGCUUGGGGUAACUGGAAAAUAUAUACACUGCAUUAAAAUCAGGCAGUUCCGCAGGGUUCUACCUUAUCUAUUAUUUUGUAGUUUGAAUUAAGUUUUAUCUAUCCCGGCUUUAAACUGUUGGAAAGUUCACAUGUAGGGGCACUUUCCAUUUGUUAGAAAUGGCUGGCCAGACAAGUGCAGUCGUAAGGAGUAUUUCACUAGUAACCAGAACUAUAUAGCCAGAUCAGUUUAUUCUUAAAUAGUCUGCACGGCAGUGACGGGGUUUUAGUUAAAAUUUCGAGAAAAUACAAUUUUUGAUUUUUAAAAUGACCGGUCUGGCCGGCCAUUUCUGACGUAUGCAAGCGCCCUAAGGUACCGCGAUGGCGACGGGGUCGAAAACCCCACCUAGCGAAUUCACUCUUUGCGACUUCUUGGUUAUGAUUCCAUCACAAAUGCUAAAUGUAGGCGAAUUCUCAAGGACGGUAUCCUCAUCCCGACUAACUGGUAGCCAGGAACGGGCUUUCUGUCUUUUAUGAUCAUCCAUCGUCUGAACAUUUUUUUUUUUUGGGGGGGGGGGGGGGGGGGGGGGGAGGAAAGGAUCCCAACCGAGCGGACGGGGCCUGCGGUGACAUUCCCGAAAAUAUCGCCCAAAAACGCCUGUCUCCCGGGGGACUUCGGGCAGGUUUUUGUACAUAUGGUAUUUCCUGUUUGCGUGUGCUGCUCCGUCGCGCCCGGUCUUUCUUCAGUUCUUUUUUUUCUACUUGCGACGUCUUCGUGAUCAGCUAUCCGCAACAAGUGAAAAUGGGGGGAGAAUUACACAGGAGCAGACCAUCCUCCCCAAAACUAGGUGUGCAGGGACGGAUGUUCUUUUUUUUUGCAACACCCCUGUUGUUAUUUUUUUUUUUUUGUUUUUGGCGGGGGGGGGGGGGGGGGAGGAAGUGAACGAUCCAGACAAUCCUGACGAAGCCUGCGUUGACAAUCCUGACAAACUCGCGCAGAAACGCUUGCUAUGCAGGGUAAUUCGGCCAGUUUUAUAUAAUCUAUCUAUUUCUUAUUUACGUUGUCGCUGCCGUCACCGUCGUGAUCUCUCAAGGUCUGUUACUUAUUUGAAUGAUGUAACCUCCUGAUUUUGUCAUUUUUUUUGUAUCGUUAUUGAGUUACUCACGUGUGAUUCUCAUUUCAGCUUCGAGGACAAUCAUGCUACUGAUCCGCUCUUGGUUUCAAAGCGACUUGCUUUGAAGGUACGAGAUCUUGUUUAGUCACCUUAUCGAUACAUUUCAUUUUACUCAUUUAUGAGUCAAGGUUAAUGAGUGUUUCAAAAUCUAAUAAAAAAAAGCUGGGUUUAUCACCAGUUGUCUCGGAAAGUAUAAGGAAACAAAACCCAGUGAUUAUGGGAAGGAUAAACAGAUACGGUAAACUGCCGUAAAUGCAAAAGUUCUGUUUAUUUCGAAUCGGUACCAACAUAGGAUUUCGUACACAGUUGCAAAAGGUACAAUGACAAAUCAGGUGAUAGCUCAUUGGUGGCGAUUUUUGUGGGAGAUUGGUUGUAUUCGCUAUUCAUCUCCACCCCCAAUCAGCUGUGGUGAGUGAUAACGUUAUGAAUCAGUUUAUUAAUGAGUUCUUGUCUCUUACAAUAGCGUCAACAUAACAGAGAAAGACUUGAAUUGGCUGUACGUCAUCUGCUGGAACAUGAAAACUUUAACCCGGAUCACUUUCCGCCAUUAGUUAAAGAAAAAAUCCUAGAAAGAGAAGAGAGCAAGGAAGUCACCCAGAAUAGGGAAGCACCUAAAGUCAUGGACAAAGAAGAUAAAGCAGGAGAUAAGCUCAGUGGAGAUCCUCAGUAAGUAAAAAAGUCAGGCUUAUUCAACCUCGCAGCCCGAAUAUCCACAUAUAAGUUCUCCAAACUGGUUUCUGUACAUUUCUAAAAAGAAAGUAAAGAGAAUUUUAGUGGUAGAAGAUAAAUGCAUUUUUUCUCAAGUGAUUAUUUGGUCAAUUCUUACAACCUAUUCUCUUGAUUGUGUAUUGAUAUUGUUGGGAGAAAUUUGAUGUUUGUCACUCUUGAGACCCUAAGGAUUAAAGGGGCUAUGUCACGAGGAUAUUGGUGUUUUAUGUCAUUUUUCUGUGUAUCAAUUACUUUGUGCCUUUGUCCAUUCACAAAAUGCUUCUGUAGCUGUAGCGUUAUGAAGAAUAUAUCAAACAAAUUUCAUCAUCAAGUUUCAAUCCAUAUCCAUCCUUGUCAUCCGUAGCAAAAGAUAACAUGAAACAAUUUCCAUGCCUAAAUAUAGUCUUACACAGCAAAACUGGACCAUUUAUUUGGAGUUCAGAGGAUGCAAAGACACUUUUAAGCGUUUUAAAGAGACAGCGAAUAGUGUGACAUAGCGGCCGCUUUAAGAGGCACUCUCACCGAAACGUUUUUCAAAAGUUUCUUAAAUUUUGAGCAAGUGCUUUUCGUUUACACAAACGGCCCAUGCAACACCUUCAGGUAUAUUUCAAUUUAAUUCUUGGAAGGAAUAAAUGGUAUGGAUGAUUGUGCGGAUGCCCAAUUGGCGAUCCUCAAGUCACCCUCCCCCCACCCCUGAAUUCCCAACUGCAAUGUUUGAUGACCACUGGCUACUUUGAUACCUAAACUUGUGAUGUACCCAUGCCACAAGGCGCCACUCGUCUCAGAACCUCUGUAAUAAUAAAAUUUAUACCACAUGUCACGAUUACAGGAAACGGCGAAAUGUUGCUGCAACAAAGAUUCAAGCCUUGUGGAGAGGAUGGUAUAUCAGACACUUAAUUGAUGUCAAUACAACCAAGGUGGGUAAAAAAAUAAAAGUGACAAUCUAAACCAGACCGAAAAAAAUGCUUUAGUAUGAACUCAUUUAAGUGACAGAGAUUUCGGAUAUGUGUAAGUCCACCAUUUAAAUACCGCGUAUAUUAUCUGUUUUAGUUGCUUGCAGCUGUGAGUAUCCAGUCAGCAUGGCGUGGCCACUUAGUUCGUUCGCAGUUAAAAAGGGAAGCAAAAGAAUCUUGGGAUCCAAAGAGAAACUCAGCUGCUACAGUCAUUCAGGUAAAGUUUAAAUGUGUUUGUAUCGCAUCCCGAGAAGAAAGACGGUCACCCUGCGACGGAGCAGAAUCUCCUUUUGUCUUCUUCUUGAUCGAGGAAGAGAAAAAGAGGCUCUGUUUGAAUCGCAACAAGCCUUUGAAAUCGCCGUAGCCCACAAUAAGGAACAAAAGUGUUGAGACACUUCUUUAAACUGGUCCCUUUUUGAACAGUGAACAAACCUAUCUCCUCCCCUUGUGUACCCCCACUGCCUUCCCCCCAAAACUAGUGUUGUGUUUUAGACCCUCAAGUCUUUCUUUUGCUACAAACAACAUUUAUUAAGGGGUGGGGGAUUGACGGCCUCUAAAUAGAGUGAAAUAAUGAACGAAAUUGUUGAUAAAAGCAUCCAUUUUAGACAAGUGUGUCAACUACUUUUGUCCCUGAUUUCAGCUUCUGGACAAUUCAAUCUUGUUUCUUUUCGUCAAACUGGUUUUUCGGGUUCGACCAUUUGUUAAUUGAUAAAACGUUGCACAUCUAGUAUUUGCUUAACCGAAGGGAUUAGGACCAAUAGCGUGCUCAACCGUGAUAAAGAUCUUACUCGAAUCAUGUAGGGACUUUCUCAAGAAAGCGAAAGAAAGGCUCCGCUGGAGGGGUGAAAGACGAUGUGCCCAAGAUUUUCCGCUCGAAUUUUAUGAAAUCCUUUUCACCGACCCAUAAGGUCCUUGACUUACCUCGGGAAAAACUGCGUGGAUGUCCGCUUUUGAAGUGAUAAGUGAGUAUUGGACAAAUCCGUGUAGACGUUAUAGGAAACGUUUGUGACAGAUAUCGAGAUAACUACCUUGGGAUUCUCAAUCCCACGAUAAAACAACCAAUCCGAAUGUACUACCCCACGAGAAAGCAGCUCACGGGGGUCGUUUGUCCCCAUCCCCAUCCCUCCUCGAGAGCUAACUUGCAACCUAGAAAUUUUCUCCUGCAGUACACGCGCACGAACCAUAAGAAAAAGAAAGUGAGUCUAGCAUCGUGGUGUACGGGUAACAGAAAGCAGGGAACGAGGCAAGGUGGGAGGAAUAGGCUCAUGCCACCGGACUUUGUCACUCCGUGAGCUGCAGGAAUAAGCUAAGGGGCCAUUAAGCAGGAGCCCAUAAACCGGAGGGGACAACUUACAUGUAUUCGUGUCACGGCGUUUUAGAUCGACGUCGUUAGAUAGUUAGCAAAAGUUACAGACCGGAAAAUGGUUUUGGCUCUCUGAUGAUAAUUAUUUUUUUUUCUCUGUAAAUUCGGAUGUGCACAUAUACGGAAGGUUUCUAUCUCCGGAUUAUGGGUUCCAGCUGGCACAACGUUUUAGCCCAACGAUUCCUGGGUUUCUUUGCUUCGUUUACUUAUUGUUACUUUGCUUACCAAAACUGCAAAGACAAGAAACUGUGAAAUUAAAUUUAAUUAAGAUUUGGCACACAAUCAGAUACCUGGGAGUAAGUCCGCACGUGGGUAGAUUGCAGCGAACGGCUACUGAAAGUAUUGUUCUUUCUCCAAAAGGCACAUUUUCGUGGUCGGCGCGUUCGUCGGCGUUUGGCCGAAGCCUUGAAAGCAGCUCAAUUCUAUGAUGGUGAAGAGGAGGAGGACUUUGAUUAUGACGAAGAAGUGGAUUUAACAGCUUUUGAGUUUGACGAAACAGUGUUAGAACAAGGCUGGACACCAAGCGAAACUCCACAGUUACCUUCAAGGCAAGUUUCAUUAUUCUGUGCCAAAACAAUAUUUAAAACCAACAAAAAACAGCCGAUCAUCGUAAAUCGUAAAAUUAUUUAUGUCUGACAAAAUCCCACCUGCGGUUGAACAUUGUGACGAUCAAAUACCAAAGAUUAUUAUUUUGUAGCUGAAGAUUGAAAGUCUUGUAUGUCCUACUGGAAAGGUGACCUGGUCCGAAAUAUGUUGUAGUAAAAAGGAACCUUAUUUGAUAUCCUAAUGUGUUUGUUAGAAUGUUGAUAAUUAUAUUCACACUUUCAAAUUGAAGGCACAACAGGUGUUUUUAUCAAUUCAGCCCUAAUUUUGACGGUCCUGGUUUUCUCAAACCUUAGAAAUAAUGGAAACGGAGCGUUUGUUUUCCUGUCGGCUCAUGAAAACAGUUUACUAAGAUUCAGAAAAUCAGUUUGCUGAAAUUCGAGAGUUAUUUACACCUGCCUGUUUGUAUUUUACAGCUCAAGAGUGCAGUUUUGCGGCCCUGCGAAAGCGUACCCGUAACACUAGACAGGCGUGUGUCUUAUUCAUUACGCCCAUCAGAAACAAGUGUUGAAUAUUGUUUAGUUUAGUUUAGUUCAUUGAAAUUCGCCACUGGAAUCAGCGCGAUGACCGAGAUGAAACAGGACUUGCGUCCCAAUUAAUAUCAACCUUUCAUUAUCCACCCAGACCAUUAAAGGUUGUCCACACCUCCGAGGUCUACACCCCCUACACAUACGAACAGCAGUAACUAGGGAGCUUAAGGGACAGCGUUUUAGAGCGACGUGUUCUCCCUUUUUUAUAUUCCUUGAUUCUAACAAAUUUGUAUUGCAAAGUUCCUUUUUCUCUUAUAAAUACGAUUUAUCCGAGCGUUUGAACCAAACCACUGCCCAAUGAUGCAAAAAAGUCCACUUCCGGCUGACGUCCGUCCCUCAAAAACGCUAUUGCUUAAGCUCCCUAGUCUGGGUUCUCUUACGUCCCACAAGAAUCACAACAGUGAAAGAGCUGUGAGACGUAGCCUACGGUUUUUUUUCGUGCUUAUCUGAGAAGACUAAAAUGUCUAACAUUUUGUAGGUGCGAAUACAAAGGCAACAUAUUCUCCUCAGUUAGUUAAGACCCUGAGUGUUGGUCCGGUGCGGGUUUGAUCCCUCGCCCUCCCGCUCGGCAGACCGGCGCUUAUCCAACUGAGCUGUUGGUAGCUACAGUAUCUUCUUUGACAGUGUUGGUUUUAUUAUUUUUCUGUAGGGGGCCAGUCCUGAGGAUACCAACGCAGUCGUCAAAGGUUCGUCACUGCUUUAUUCGCGUCUUGUUUUUCGUCAUCACGUACUUUUAGUAAACCAUAACUUGUAAACUAUAAUUGUGAAAGUGUUCUUAUAUUGACCCGCGGAGUGUGCGACUCCAUUGUAUUUUGAGAUGAUUUUAGUGCGAAUCUUACAUGAGUUUCACAAAACUUGUCAGAAGAGUUACAGACCGGAAAAUGGUGGUCUUGAUGAAGUAGUAGGCAGUUUAAGCAACCACAAUGGUUGAAACUUUCCAGAUUGACAAAUUAUAGAGGACGUAAACACUAGACGACAAAUUUUUCGUUCUAUUUUUAAACUUUGAUGUGCUUCCUAACAAUUUACCACCAGGAAAACUCGCGUUCAUUUGACCAAUCAUUUGACCGUAUAUAUGACACUGACGGACUUAAACGUCUGUGCUUGGUAGUUACAAGGUUAAUGAUCAACUUCUUCACUCUUAUCCCAGCAGAUCCCCACAACGCGUUUCCAUGAAGAUCUGCUAAAUAAGACCGCAGUGCCAAAGCCACGUCAUGCAUGGCGCUCAGCGGAUUCACCCAUUACAGAUGUCAAUCAAAUUGAUGUUGCUAGGACAAUUACAGACCAUGAUCAAAUGUCAGAAACGUCUGGUGCACAGAGCCACCUGUCACAUCGCGCAGAAGAACUGAGUAGUGAGUGGUAAGCGAGAUACUCAGGGUUUAAUAUCCCUAGUGGUAGUUAAAGGCAAAGUUAGGGUCACGGGAAAGUGCUCCUCAUUGGCUUUCAUUUGAAUGUCCAUACUAUAGGAUUUCAUCCGCAGACUCGAAAGUUGGAACCACCUUGCACGACGUAACAAACAGUAGCACAGGAAUGUACAUCUCAGUAGCUUUCAUUUGAAUGGUCACACUUACGAAUUUCAUCAAGAUUCAAAAGUUAGAAUCUCCUUGCCGUUUACACUUGGUGCACAUCACUGGUCAAAUCCCUGUUUACACCAGCUCUAGUUACGACCACCUUUCUGUACCCCCGUUUGACUGUGACUUAAACUUUGUAAAGAAAGCUCUCUUACUCAAACGUUCCCUUGGACGACCGCAAGCACUUUUGGGAUUAACCAACUGGACUUUUCCUUUGUUUUUAAGCUCUCACAAGCGACCACUCAGAGUCUUAUUAGAGACCUUAAGCAACCACGACGACGACCACAACGACGACUUCAAAAAAACAAUAGGUUUAAUGAUCAAAACAACAGCUCUGCACGUGAAUCACGCUUUUUAGUACAUUUCUUUGACGUCCACUGCACGACUACGACAUGAAACCUUCUAAUUUAACGCUUUAUGGAGGACGUGAACAUACUACGACGAAUUUCCCUUCAUCUUUUUAGCCUAAAUAAAAUCCUUAAGAAUUCAACUGCAGGAAAAGUCGCCUACAUUUAGCAUACUGAGGCAGUGUUUUCAAAAUCAGCCGUCGGCCGUCGCAUCCGACGGCAACUUUUUGAUUUCCGACGCCUACUUUCCCUUAGGUAAAUUAUAUGAUAAAUAAAACUUUUGAUAAAAAGUGGUAAGUGUUCACAAAGCUGUUGCGAGCAAGCAAACUUGAAAUUUUUUUAGAGAAUUUCGCCAAAACAUCGCUUGAGUCUGCUUUUAAAAUACGUUCUCUGUGUAAUACGUUGAAUAAACGUUGAGGACGAGUCGAAGACUGGGUCUCAGCUACAGGGAACAUUGUAGUUAGUGGUUUCUGAAGCCACUCUAUAGAAAACGCCACAUUUCGUCUCCAAGAACACGGCAAAAUGGCAGAAAAGCGACAGCGUGGUUUACGGGAGAUGUGGUCGCUGACAGUGACAAACAGGAAAAAGAAAAAGGAUGCUGCAGGUAAUAAUGUAAUGUUUUCCCGAAGAUUACCCAAGCAGAUGCCGGUACGCAAACGGAAGAGGAAAUAGUUCAAAUUGAGGAGAAAGAACAAGAAGAAGUGGUGGCAGUGGUAGCAAAAGUCUUCUGCCUAGAUGAAGAGCAUGGCGAAUCGGACGACAGUGAAGCACAUGACAGUGGAUGGGAGGAUGAUGACGAUGAUAGUGAGGACUUUUCUGACUAAAAGUCUUUUUCUCAGAUGACAAAGAAUCUCCAUGUUUUGACUUGUAGAUACUACCAUAUUUCACUUCAAUUAAAUGAUGAAGUAGGACUGAACGGUGUUUGUGAUCGAUAAGUAAUAAGGAUAUUCAAAAUUGUAAAUUUUGUUUGAGUUUAAAACAGUUCGUGUAUAGCUUUAGUAUGUUUUUCAGCCUUUUCCAGGCAUCAAGAGAAGGCCCAGAAAAAAUGCUGCUGUCUAGACUGGACAAACAGCUAUCCAAGUACAUGGGUCUACAUGAACAAAGUAUACACAUGUAGCUUUUGUUGGUUAUUGAAAAUUCAAUUACCUUCGCUGUUUCUUAACCACUUUUACUUUUUUCAACCCACAUUAUGUACUAAUCUUUAAUCUUUAAUCUAAUCUUUAAUCAUUAUUUAUACAUGGUAAAAAUCAUCAGGUACAAUAAAUUCCUAUACAAUGACUAACAUACUAAAGGCUUAAAAUCCAAAUCUUAACAUUAAAUAUUAACUUACAACAAUAUGCCACAUAAAAACCCUGAUUGUGGUUAAAGCGUACCCUAAUAUUGUGGUUAAAGUUACUAAAAGCAUCAAAAUUCAUCAGUAUUUUCGAUAUCUAAAAUUUGCUAGUUCUGCGUCUCAAAAUGCGGGAAAAUGCGUCUCCAAGAGUCUAGAAAUUCAAAAUUUCCUGGGGGGGCAUGCCCCCAGACCCCCCUAGAGAGCAAGGCCCUCCGGGCCUUGCAACUCCUACUCAAAUAAACGCAACUCCUACUUCAAAAACUGUUGAAAACCCUGUGAGCGGAUCCAAAUAGACGCGAUUAAGUUUGAAAGGACGCAAAUUGUUUUUUUUUUUUACCUUCGUUUUCACUGCCGUCGUCGUCGUCGUCCUUGCUUUAAGUCCCUAUUCAUAUGAAUGGACACUUCCAUGAAACUACACAUUGCGCUAAUGGUUCGUUGAUAAAGAUCUUGAGGUUAUUUUGGUCUAAAAGUUGGACGUAUGUUUUUUCUUUAUGAAUUAUUGAUAACUUUCUGAAGCUCUCGUAAGCGACCACCCCUUAUUGUUGUACCAUUCGGUCGCUUACGUGAGCUCCUACUAGUAAGCGCCCAGCUCUAGUUGCGACCACCGAAUUUCACAGGGGGUUGCUUGCGAAACCUUUUACUGUACCUAUUCCUUCUAGGGGAUUUCAAAGUUCUGGAACAGCUGAAAUGAUGUUAAAAAGGGCCAAAAAGAUGAAAUACAAUCCCGCGAGAAAAAAGAAACUACUUGGUGAGUUGAUCAACGUGUGUCACAUUUAACAAAAACAUUUUUUGGUUGUUUUGUUUUGGUUUUGGUCGUAAAGAAUAAAAUACUAUUCCGAAAACAAGAUUAAACUAAAUGGAAGAAGGAGGCUGAGGUGGAAUUUUCAAUUUAAUGUUAAAAAAUAACGGUGUUUGUUGUACUUCAGUCACUUCAGAUUUAGUAAAACACGCCAGCAGCCUUUUUGUAGGUAUUACAUUCUUGCAUUUUUUUUAAAGUCCAGUUUGGUCCCUUCUGAUUUAAAACAUCGACUAAACGACUCUCGCUGCACUUCAAGUAUUUGCUUCAGCCGGAGCAAAGGAAUUAGCAGUAAUUUUAUCAUUCCUCCUCAGUCAAAAUUAUAAAUAUAUCAUGCAAUGUUUAUAGUAGAUUUAAAACUUGUCUUGGUUAAUCCUUGCCCUUUAACAACUUUACUCAAUUUUUCCUUCUUUUGCCGAAAGAUCCCAACAAGCGACUUGCGUUGUUCAAGAAACUGGACGAGACUAAUAAAUUACGUGACGUUAAACCUCCGCCCGCAAGAAGACAACCUCCAAACAGAAUCGAUUACUUCGCAGGUGAGUUGUUAAAAUGGUGCCAAUGCACAUGGUCAUUAUUUUCAUUAGAAUAAGGUUUUGAAUGUUACAUUAAUUGUAUUGUACAGCUACUGGGUAAUGCCGUAGGGAACAAAAACGCGUUCUUUCACAUCGAUUACAUCAAGACUGUUUGAAAUAUUUUUAAAGAGCUACCCCAACCACACAAAUAAAUGUGGUCAUAAUUUAGGUGAGGUUAUGCACAUGAAAACGUUGGCCUAAAUCGUAUGUGUCAGAUUAAUUUGCAUAGACGCGCCAGUUUUUGUUGCAAAUAAAAAUCGUCAACUGUUAAUGUUCGUUCAUGUGCACGACUCGUCAAGACUUGUCAAAGGUUUUACAUAGUCAGACUUGAACAGUUCUUUCCAAACUCUCUCAUCUUACGACUAAUCUCCCUCGACAUGUUGUCCUGCAUAUCCUUGCUGAUGAGAGUCAUUUCUUUUAUUAUUCAUUCAAAAUAACUCUCCGUUUCUGAUUGGCUCAAUUUCCCCGCCUAAUUUUUCUUAACCAGCGAGCGUUAACCAAAUUUAGAUGGCGUUUGCAAUAUUCAGUAACGUGACGUCUGUAGUACGGGCUUUGCCAAAAAAGGGACGGUAACCGAGAAGCACUGGGAACGAGGCUGCGUUCGCUCAGUUGUUUUGGUAAGCUGGAGAAAAAAGCGGGAAAUUUCACACGUUUUUCGAAGAAGUAACCGGACUUCUGCCGUAAGACAUGCAUUACAAAAACUCAAGGGAUGGAAACUGAUGUGUAAAGAAUAUCUGCUAGAGUUAAACAUCUCUUUAUAUCCUGAAUUUGCCGAAAAACGGGCAAAUUAAGGCGGGAACUUGGCAUUGAUCUAGGUUAGCUUUUUUUAAAGUUACUAAUCAUUUUGAAUAAAUAGUAAAAUUUUGAGGGUUGACAUAGUGUCACAGCCAGAUGUGUUUCAUGUGUUCUUGCCGUCCUCUUGUCAUCGCCAAACUGUCUGUGAGAUUUUAAGACAAGUUGCUCGACAUACUGAGUGUUUGUUAGUUUUGUUGUUGUUGUAGUUGCUGCAGUUGUUUGUGCUCAAUAUCUCGACAUACGCACUGCUGAAGCAUGAACUAAUUGUUUAUAACAUUAUCAAAGCGAUCAAUGCAGCAGUUAACUUAAAAUUUUAUUAUUGUAGGGCGCGCUCAAAGCAGUACGCGUCAAUGUUUACGUGACUAUAUUUUUUUUCCUCACAGUUAAGCUUAUGUUUUUAUCCUGAAACUGAGAGAAAGUGUACUUUAAAAUGAUUGCAAAAUCCAUAUUUAAGCGCCGGGAAACUAUUAAUUCUCCGAAAAAUUGUUAUUGAGAGAAAACAACUUUUCAAAGAAUGAUUUGCACACGCCAUAGCCCGCACAGCUCGCGGAGAUGACAACAACAACAACACUCACCUCUUUUCCUUACUAUCGGUUAACAAAUUCAAACGUUUCCUCUUAAAUUUCCUUAUAAAACACAUAGUAAGCGCUUUAUCGUGUACUGCUGAGUUAUAGAUGCACUCAGGAGACUCAGGAUUGCUAAGUUCACAACAACUCGAGGAAUUACGAAUAGUUUAUUAACGUCAUCAGCGUUCUCAAUAGGAAUAUGAAGCACGCUCGCGCUAUUGAAUUUGAUUAGGCGAAUUUUCUAGCUGUGUUAUAAUGAGUGUUUGAUGUUGUUGUUGUUGCUGUUGUUUGUGGUGUGUACUUGUCUCACCAUAAGGUCAUUGGGAAGCUUAAGCAAAGGCGUUUUUGAGCGACGCACGUCAAACGUAAGUGAGGUCUCUUUGAUUUUAAAGCGCCUUGAGGCUACCAAAUUUGUAUAAAGAGACGAUUUGUCAAAACAAUUGAGCAAAACCACCGUCCAAAAAUGAAAAAAGAUCACCUCCGGUUGACUUGCGUCGCUCAAAAACGUCGUUGCUUAAGCUCACUAUUAUUGCUUCAAUUAUAUUAAACCUGUUUUAAAUCUCGUUCUUGUCACAGCUCGCCAAGCCAUGGCAAAUCACCUGACGUCUACCUCACCCGCUUCUGAACAACAAAACCGAGAGCAGAUGACGUACAGGUAACAGCAGCGCGUUGAUUUCGCAAGGAAUCUUAAUCAAAGACGUUUAUGAGCAGUGGUUUUGCCCACAUUUUCGGGCAAAUUGUCUCGAUAAGAGUAAGGCUACUUAGCAGUACAAAUUUGGAAGCGUCGGGGCAUAUUAAAAGGGAAAAGGCUUCAUUUCUGUCAACGUGCGUCGCUCUUAACGUCUUUGCUUGAACUCCCUUAUACAGCGUUUUCGCUCAGGUGGCCAAUAUCUAAACAAAUUUAUUGGAACAGAAGAAAGCGUCAACAUAAGAAAAGAGUUCAACUCCAAUAGGAUUGGUUUGGAACACCAACAUGGCCGCCGUUUUAUUGUUUUGGCAGCCGUGACGUCAUUUAAAAACGCUUUAUAAACCUUUUCCAAAAUACCAAAAUACUCAUUGAUUUUGCUCCAAAAGUUUGCAUAAGCAUUGUUUUCGAUUUAUCUUUGGACGAUUGCCCUAUAGGUUAUUGCAAGCACGAGUAGGAGUGUUUCGUCUAAUAUCCAAACAACGAGUGGGAUGACAAAAAAAGGUGCAGGGCUAAUAAACUCGCCACUCGUGUUUUAUCGCUUUGGUUCUUUUAUUAAACUUUUCUCAUGUACUUCCUUUUAGAGCUUGAAAGCAGUUGAAAUAGGGACUUCGUCCUGUAACUGCCUCCCCCCCGGCAUAAAGUCCCCCCCCCCUCCACUUUCUGCGUGACAGCUGUAUUGUGAUAUUUCUGGUGGUGGUCUAAUGAAUGCAUUCAGAAUAUUUCUAUUGAAUGUUUUGCUUUUGUUAUUUCCUUAGCUGGGUUUACAGACAAGCUGUUGUUCAUAAAGAUGAGGAAAAGAACAUCAUGGCCGACCAAAAAGAGUUUGCACCAGAUAAAAAAACCAAACAAGCCUCUCCCCAAAAGUAAGUGGUAAUGAAGAUCAUAAAGAAUCUACACAGUUUCAUCCCUAAGCUAGAUCCCGCCGUUCUUUCAGGCGCGCUGGGCAAGUCCAUCUUAAAUUUUGGAAACGGUUAAGUGACGACAUGAGUUCUCAUUUGAGCGAGCGAAAUAAAAAAAAUAUUUCUCAUUAAUAUUUCCUCUAUCAAGCUGUAAAAUCUGAAUAUUGAAAGAUUAAGUUAAAAGAGGCUAUCUUCGAAUUCUGUUUCUGUUUUUGGUUGUUUGUUUUUUCUCAAAUCGUGCAAAAAAUUAAAAAUUGGUCAUAUAUCGCCUUUUAUCCACCCAGUAGUUAUGUGAUGAAAGUCUCAAAGUCAACCAUUUCAUAGAUUCGACCCUGCUUUUAAUCCGCAUCUUUUUUAUUAGUUAACUCUCUAAUGAACCAAGGCGUAAAGCACGAAAACGUGAGAACGCUAGUAGAAAAUGCUACAUCCAGUGUUUAUUCGUUUUAUCAUAUUACUCUUUCAGAACCAAUCGCUCCCCGGUCAAUCUUCCUCACAUGGACCCUGUGGUGCUCUCUGGACGUACCCUCCCCCUUAUAGUGAGUGUAAAUCAGUUAUUCUCUAGUGUCACAGUGUACGCUCAAAAAUCUACGGUCGCGAUCUUUUCACUGCCAUAAAUGGCGAUGGUGACAUUUAUUCUUUCUUUUCUCUCAUUUACACCAUUUUGUUUACUGGCACAUGAAUUAUACAGUAACCCAUCCUCUGAUCCUUCGAUAUUCCACAAUAUUUCAACUCCUGUGACAACUGUCCACUCUUAGAACAUAAGGAAAAAGACUAAGCUCAAUUUUUACCGUCCUAAAGCUAGGAUCAAGAUGGGUAAAUUCACUAAAAUGAAGUACUCUGCUUCAGUUUUAUGGGAAAGUGUCCCCUUGAUGCUAAAACAACUAGAGGGCCAAAACAAUUUAAGAAACUUUACAAAGCAAACCCGUUUAAUCUCUUCUCAAUCAAAUUAGAUAUGUUCUUUUAAGUACUUAAAUGUUAGAUACUUAUAAAUGCUUGAGUCCUUACGUUGUCUGUUUGUCUGCUUGCUGCUUGUUUGUUUUUUGCUUUCUUGUUUGUCCCCUUUCCUCUUACCGUUAUUUCCUUAUUUAAUUAUUUUCAUUAUUUUUAUUUAUUAAUAUUUAUUUACGCUCUUCCUCUUUAAAUUUUAAGAUAAGAGUCCAUAGUUUAAUAUAUCUCUAAUUAAUCUAAAUAUAUAAAAUAUUUAUGCUUGUCUUGGAUUCCAUGUUAAUUAAGCUCAGUGUGUUUUUGUUUAUGUUAAAGGAGGUGGUGGCCAACUCGAAAGCAGUUGCUACUUUGGCCACCACACACAUUCAAGAUAGUAUUAGCUCUGUUUUAUUUAUUUGACUUAUUGAAGAGAUUCUGUUAUUGUUUUAAUUUAUAUCAUGAUCAAUGAACUGAAUUGGAACUAAAUAGUGUGAAAUAAAAUGAACAUGAACGUGAACUUAAUAUCUGUGUUAUUUCUGAUUUCGGGGCGUAAAUAGCUUGUAUUUAUUUUUUUUUUUUUUCAGUCCAGUCCUCUGUUUUCCCAUUCCGUGGAGCAGGCAUCGUCGGAAGAACCUUCCCCGAGACGAAAGUCGUUAUCUUCAGGUAGUUAAGCCGUCAUGGUCACUUUUAUUCUUUAGAGAUACUUCAGGUAAAUGUGUCAGAGUAGGGUUACGAUUUUGUCAGUCUCUGAGUAACUUACUCGAGCAAAUUGAGCUUUGAGUAAAACAUUUCACCAGUAGAUAUUGUCACGAUAAAAUUUUCAAUUUAAUUUGAGAUUGAACUGAUCCAUUUGGUGCUUGUGUUGGGGAGAGUGAUGGAGAUAGAGGAAUUAACUUCAAGUUGAGCGUACCAUUUACACCCCCACCCGUUUGUUUGCAACCCCCUCCUUUUGCGCUAUUCCGCUCCUUACCUCUGUUUUCCCCAACAAUGGUCCCCCCACCCCUCCACCCUCCAAAUGUCAUGGACUGAUGUCCGUCAAUGGCCCAACAAUUUGUGUAAGUGGUAACGAAUGCAAAAUUUGUUUUUACCAGAGCAUAUUUUUCCGUAGUUAUUUUGCGUAUUUCGUGAAGCCCGUGUUGUUCGCUCUCUUCGUUUCUUAGAGGGUCACGUGCGUUUUCCCGCCAUCAAAACUCAUUCCGUGCCGAACCUCCUAGCCAGGUCCACAGCCAGCGGAGAUCAGCCAAUCAGGACGGAGAAGAGCAACAGUGCUGGCGCAAGAAUUAACAGGGACUCAAGGACCAAAAGAUGACAGGGAAAUGGAAUCCAAGAACAAGACAUCACAGAAGUUAACAGGGAACCCAGGGAAAAACAUGUUUGAAGUUCAGAGGGAACUUACAGAACAAGACACGAUAGGAAAUCAAGAGAUUGCAGGAAACCACGGGAACUUAAAAUGCUAACUUUUUCAAAAAUGAUUUGUCGCUGGUGCUUGUAGGGUGCAAACCAAUUACUUGUUCUGAAUGGUGAAAUAUUACAUAUGUAUGCUAUGGCUAUGCGACAUCUAUCGAAACACCAUUCAUGUUGUGCCAUAAUUGCACCUCCACGCUGGCAGACAGAUGCUCACGCGGUUCACCAGAGAAAACACCCUUGAAAACAAGCAGAUUCCCGUUUGGGUGCACGGAAAUUUGGUGCUUUAAUGCUUUUAUCGGCUGGAGAUGGUUAAAAGGUGUAAUAACUAAGUGUUGGUGAGAAAUUUUAUUUAUUAGAUACAGUGUACGUGAUACUGCGUUGUGUUGCAGAACCAAAUGUUAACACCAACGUUCCAAUAAAAGGCUCAGUUUAACUUUAAUAUAACGACAUAUGUUCUAGCAGAGUCUCUUUUGUUACCCAAAAGUAUAAACAUCACUACGUUUUCUAAAACACCGUACAAAAAUACUUUAGAUUUUGUUCUCUAAGCUUAAGUUUUUUUAUUAAUCAUUCAUCUAUUUCAUUCCCAUGGUUCAUACAAUCUUGAAAAGGUCUUGAAUUUCAUAGUCAUCUUGACACGUCCUUGAAUUCGGUAAAGGCCCUUGAAAAGUACUUCAUUUCUUUAUUAGGUCUUCAAAAGUCGUUUAAUUUCACUACUUUCUUAUUUCUGUUUCUUUAUUUCAAAUGCUGUUUCUGUACUUCAGAUACAACUGUAAGUAAAAGCCAGUGACUGUUGUCAUUUUGCAGUGUUGUUGCGGAAAAUAGUAGUGAUCAAACAUGGCUGAGAAAGGAAAAGUCACAAAUGACUCGGUGAGUGUUUUAGCCAGUAAGGUGAACAAAAGGGGGUCAAAGAAAGCCGAGUUACUGAAGAAAUCUUAGACUUGAACACUGUAAUUUAUCCUUGAAAAAGUCCUUAAAAAGUCAAUGAAUUUUGUUUGUCUGAAAUUGUACAAAGCAUGAUUCCGAUUUUUUGUUGAUUUCUUAAUACCUUACUGACCCUAUGACUAAAAUAACACAAACAAAUAAAAUACUUAAAAUAUUUUGGCUCUUCAUCUACCAU